CCAAGGGUCCAAGCCCGGCGGUGGCGCGCGGGGGUGGCGUCGGCUCCGCCUCCCGCCCCGCAGGCAGAAGACCUGCAAGAUGGCGCUGCGCUGGGGCGUCGUGUCGGCCGGCUUAAUUGCCAGCGACUUUACCACCGUGCUGAGCUCACUGCCUCCCUCGGAGCACCAGGUGGUAGCCGUAGCUGCGAGGGACCUGAGCCGGGCGGAGAAGUUCGCACAGAAAUACAACAUCCCCAAGGCCUAUGGCUCCUAUGAGGAGCUGGCCAAGGACCCAAACGUGGAGGUGGCCUACAUUGCCACCCAGCACCCCCAGCACAAGCCAGCCGUACUCCUCUGCCUGGCAGCAGGCAAGGCUGUCCUUUGCGAGAAACCCAUGGGCGUGAAUGCAGCAGAAGUUCGGGAGAUGGUUGCCAAAGCCCGUUCUCAAGGCGUCUUCCUUAUGGAGGCCAUUUGGAGCCGAUUUUUUCCUGCCAUGGAGGCUCUGAGGGAAGUUUUGGUUCAAGGAACUAUCGGAGACCUACGAGUGGCCCGGGCAGAAUUCGGAUUCGAUUUAAGAUCUAUACCCCGGGCCACAGACUGGAACCAGGCCGGCGGUGGUCUGCUGGACCUAGGCAUCUACUGUGUCCAGUUCCUCUCCAUGGUCUUUGGUGCACAGAAACCAGAGAAGAUUUCAGCCGUCGGGAGGAUCCAUGAAACAGGUGUGGAUGACACUGUCAGCGUGCUACUUCAGUACCCAGGAGGGGUUCAUGGUAACUUCACCUGCAGCAUCUCCUCCAAACUCCUCAACAUGGCGUAUGUGAAUGGUACCAAGGGCAUGGCCCAGAUUCAAAAAUUAUGGUGCCCAACAGAGCUGGUGGUGAAUGGAGAGCGGAAGGAGUUCCCUCCGCCUGUCCUUGGGAAGGAGUACAAUUUUGUAAAUGGGUCAUGCAUGCUCUAUGAAGCCAACCAUGUGCGUGAGUGCCUGCGUAAAGGUCUUAAGGAGAGUCCUGUAGUUCCUCUGGCAGAGAGUGAGCUCUUGGCUGAGAUCCUUGAGGAGGUGAGGAAGGCCAUUGGAGUCACCUUCCCCCAGGAUAAAUGCUGAUACAGCUCCUGUGAUGGAUGUGUGUGGCGAGCAGCCUUCCCUCCUGCUUGGACCUCCGUAACCUGACUGACCCUCAUUGCUUUGGAGUUGUUGUUGUUGUUGUUGUUGUUGUUGCAAGUCAGCUGGAGAGCACUCCCUUUCUGGGUGUGGGAAGCCAGCUUUGAUGAGUCAGGGUGUGGAGUCAGGGGACUCCACAGACACCAAAGCUUCUUUCUAGGACACAAACAGGUUCUCUCUUUACUUGGGAGGAAACACACACACACACACACACACACACACACACAUACUUGAUGGAUGAAGCAAGGCUCCAACAACUUUGUUUUUCCCCCAUAUCCCCCAGCAAACUCUUUGAAGAAGUAUAAAAAUUACAAUGUGGUUACAUUCUAUCUUUAAGUGAAUGAAUAAAUGAAGUACAAUGAGUUUAAAACCAACAGCAACAAGCCCAGCAGGUCCCAGCACCCUUAUGUGAUUAAGCAAUUUAUGUAUUACAGGCUGGAAACCGAAACCGAUUACUAACAUGGAUCCACAUACAUACCUGUCUAAACAAUUUGUUAUAGACUAACAAACUAUAGGCAAAAUAGAUAUUUUUCUCAGCCAGUUCUUUGACUGGCAAGCUGCAAUUUGUGAUUACAAAGAAAGGAACAAUCAUUUUGUUAUUUAUCCUGAAAAGUAAUUUUUUAUUAUUUAUUCACUUUACAUCCCAG